CUUUGUGGCUGCCAGUUCUCCGAUCAGGAAGGAAUUGGCUCUAUGAAAGCAGACUGUCAGAAUAGUCAUGACAUUGAUUUCGAGUGUCUGUCUCGGCAGCCGUUUAAGUCCUUGGAUCUAUCACACAAUGGAUUUCUGAACUGGCCAGAGGAAUUGAUUUCACGUGGAUGGGAGAACAUUCUCUACCUGGAUCUCUCAUUCAACAACAUUUCCAACUUGUCCAGUUGCAUAUACAAGGCAAUGCCACGUCUGAUGAGUGUGAAUCUGACUUAUAACAGCAUCAACAAAAUGUCCUGUGACGCAUGCCGUAAACCUUUCGUCGAUUUGGAUCACAACAACCUGAAGGAUUGGCAAAAUUAUUGCAGUACUUGCAAUUCGAACAUCAUAAAAGGAUUCAAUGAACAGUCGAAUUUGGCCGAACUGCAGUCCAUUGAUUGCAUUUUGAAUGCUUCCGAUAAACCGAAACCAGUGACGUCGCGGGCCCAGAAGGAAACUGACCAAAAGAACGACAAACUAAUUUGUUCGAUCGGUAUUAUUUGUCUUAUUCUAUUCGUUAUUGGCAACCUUAUGAUCAUGAAUAAGAUUAAGUGUAGUUAUGUUAUGUUUUUUUGUCUGUGA